AUGAGCCGCCGUUGGCUAUUAAGCCGGAAACUUUUCAUCAUCUUCGUCACGAUGAAAUACCGAAAUAUGCAGACCGUUCAAAACAUUUUCAUCCUCAACUUGGCGGCCAGUGAUAUUGUUAUCUGUUUGAUAUCAUUGCCAAUAACCCCCGUUACCAACAUUUAUAAAAACUGGUAUUUUGGCGCGUUGAUGUGCCGGAUGAUUCCAUGGGUACAAGGUGUUUCAAUAUUUAUUUGCACAUUUUCGCUGGGUGCCAUCGCCGUCGAUCGAUAUAUACUUGUGGUGCGUCCCCAUACACCGCCGAUAACCAAGAGGGGUGCCAUGUUUUUGACGGGAAUUUUAUGGAGCGUGUCAAUUAUUGUAACUUAUCCAUAUGCAUAUUAUAUGAAGGAGGAGAGUAUUCCUGCUGAUGACGAAAAUUUGAUCCCGAUGUGUGGCCAGUUCUGCACGGAAGAAUGGCCAAAUCCAUAUACACGACGAGCCUAUACAUUAGUUGUUAUGAUCGGUCAAUUUGUCGUGCCAUUCCUCCUGAUGGCUUUUUGCUAUACAACAAUCUUCUCAAAGCUAAGGAAUAGGACAAAGGUUCGUCUCCGCAAGAUGGACGCUCGCUCGGUGGCGCUGGAGAGCAGUUGUUUCCAAAAAAACUUCCUCGACCAACAAGGCAAAGAUCGACAACGAAUCCUAAUGCAAUCAAAACGCACAACAAAUAUCCUUGUAGCAAUGGUAGUAAUCUUUGGCCUUACAUGGCUACCCCACAAUGUCGUCUCACUAUUAAUAGAAUAUGACGAAACACAAAAAUUCUUUCAUCUCUAUGGCAGGGACGACCUUGAUAUAUCCUAUUUACUCAAUUUAUUCACUCAUAGUUUUGCGAUGACAAACAACGUCGCGAAUCCUGUCCUCUAUGCUUGGCUGAAUCCAAAAUUCAGAGAUUAUGUAAUAAGGGCAAUCACUGGGCAAAGGCAGCAAAGCACCAGGGUAAUUUCGCAUCAAGGCUCCCGCACGGCCCCGCCAACAUCAACCACCGGCGUCGAGCGCCCCUCAAAAAACACCAAAAAGAAAAUUCUCCAGUUCUCCGGGUUCACGGCGACGAAUUCGAUGCUGAAGAAAUUGAUCGAGAACAAGAAAUCGUCGAUUCAAGAGAACGGGCAGACAGCAUUGGGGACGGCUAGUGCUUAUGAGGCUGUCGAAUUUGGGGAGAACGAUGUGUUCGUA